AUGAAGUUCUUGCUCUUUGGAGCAUUGCUCAUUGGAUCCACUCUGUGUCAAUCGACACCCCAUCGCUAUGAAGAGCUCAUCGGGAAAUUGAACUUUGAACGACGGUUGUUUGCCGAGCGUAUGAACAUUUCAAACAUGUAUGAACUGCACUGGGAUGAGAAGCUGAACCCAAUACUUUGGCCCGAAUAUCGUUCCCCCAAUUCGAGUUUCCGCGAAAUGUUGAUAGGACGAGAUCAGAAUGCUAUUGCAUCGGAAGUAUACGUUUUGGACCAACUCCUAAUUGAAAUACACAACGAUUCUGGGAGAGAACGAUUUUGGGAGAUAAUGAACGUUAGUAUUGACAGUAAUCGUUGGCCUUACUGGCCGUUUGAGCAUUUUUUGCCAACUCAAACAAGCAUCGCUUGUGAUUCUCGUGAGAACAUGUACAGAUGGGAGUCUCCAUGGAAAGGUUCCAAUUUGUAUAGAACAAUUUGCUACUUGGGUCCAGAACGAGAGUACGCAAAAGCCAUGAACAUUUCAAACAUGUACAAAUUGAAGUGGAACAAAGUCCUAAAAAAAGCAAAUGAGAACUCGGAUAGCUCUCUUGUUCCGAACUUCCAAAAGUUCUAUGGGCCAGGAAACGAAGACGCUUUUUGCUACGAAAGUCAUGCUCUCAAUGAUUCUCAAUGA